AAAAUACUUGCAACAACAAACGUCUGGACCUUGUCUUCAUCAUUGACAGCUCUCGCAGUGUACGUCCUUACGACUUUGAAAAAGUGAAGGAGUUCAUUUUAACCAUCUUGCAGUUUCUGGACAUCAGUCCUGGAGCCACCCGCGUAGGUCUGAUUCAGUACGGCAGCACUGUCAAACAUGAGUUUUCACUGAAGACAUUCAAGAGGAAGCAGGAUAUUGAAAGAGCGGUGAAGAGGAUGAUGCACCUGGCAACUGGCACCAUGACUGGACUGGCUAUUCAGUAUGCAGUGAACAUCGCAUUUUCGGAGUCAGAAGGAGCUCGACCUCUGAAGGAGAAUGUGCCCCGAAUUAUCAUGAUAGUGACGGAUGGGAGACCUCAGGAUCCAGUGGCAGAGAUUGCCACUAAAGCACGUAACUCAGGAAUCCUGAUUUUUGCCAUUGGUGUGGGAAGAGUAGAUAUGAACACGCUGAAGUCCAUUGGGAGUGAACCGCAUGAAGAGCAUGUGUUUCUGGUUGCUAAUUUCAGUCAGAUUGAAACACUUACCUCUGCCUUCCAGACUAAACUUUGUGUGCCACAUAUGUGCAGUACAGUUGAACAUCACUGUGAUCACUUCUGCAUAAACACCCCUGGCUCCUACAUAUGCAGAUGUAAACAAGGAUACAUUCUGAAUGCUGAUGAGAAGACUUGCAGCACUCAGGACCUGUGUGCUGUGGAAAGACAUGCCUGCGAGCAGAUUUGUGUGAACACACCUGGGUCUUACGUCUGUCAGUGUUAUGAAGGGUAUGAGCUUGAUGCAAAUGGAAAGAAUUGUGUUGUUGUAGACUACUGUGCUUUGGAUAACCAAGCUUGCCAACACGAAUGUGUUAACACUGAGGACUCCUAUUACUGUAGAUGCCACCCAGGGUUCAUUUUAAAUCCAGACAAAAGAACUUGCAGAAGACCAGACUAUUGUGCUCUUCAGGACCAUGGCUGUGAACAGGAAUGUGUUAAUACAGAUGAUUCCUAUUUUUGUCGAUGCCAAGAAGGGUUUAGACUUAAUCCAGAUAAGAAAACAUGCAGAAAAGCAAACUUCUGUGCUUUAGGUCAGCAUGACUGUGAACGUGAAUGUGUGGAAGAGUCAUUUGUGUGCAAAUGUCAUCCUGGAUACGCCCAACGACAUGAUGGCAAUACGUGCAGAAAUGAGUGAGUGGACCACUGUGCCGAAAGCAAUCAUGGCUGCGAGCAACUGUGCCUAAAUACUGAUGGCUCCUACGUCUGUCAGUGCUCUGAAGGAUUUGUCAUCAAUGAGGACCUAAAAACCUGCACACGAGUUGACUAUUGUGCUUUGAGUGAUCAUGGCUGUGAACAUUUGUGUGUAAAUGGUGACAGAUCUUAUACUUGUCAGUGUUUUGAAGGAUACAGGCUUCGUAAUGAUGGGAAAACAUGUAAACGACGGGACAUCUGCAAAUCAGUCAGCCAUGGCUGUGAGCAUAUUUGUGUUAAUGAAGAUGACUCGUAUGUUUGCAAGUGUCAUGAGGGUUUUCUGCUGAGAGAAGAUGGGAAAACAUGCAGAAAUAAGGACAUCUGCAAAUCAGUCAGUCAUGGCUGUGAACAUCUUUGUGUUAAUGGCGACGAUUCAUAUACUUGCCAGUGCCAUGAUGGAUUUGUACUAAGGCAAGAUGGGAAAACAUGCCGAAGAAAGGAUAUUUGCAAAUCAGUCAACCAUGGUUGCGAACAUGCUUGUGUUAAUGCUGGUGAUUCAUUUGUUUGUAAGUGUCGGGAGGGAUUCCUGCUAAGAGAAGACGGAAAAACGUGCAAAAGAUGCACUGAAGGCCCACUUGACCUGGUGUUUGUGAUUGAUGGGUCAAAAAGUCUCGGAGAGGAUAAUUUUGAAAUUGUAAAACAAUUUGUCUUGGGAAUCUUGGAUGCACUUGAGAUUUCACCCAAAGCUGCUCGAGUUGGUUUGCUUCAGUAUUCCACUGAAGUUCGCACGGAGUUUACAUUAAGGCAGUUCAACUCAGCCAAAGACAUGAAGAAAGCUGUAUCACAAAUGAAAUACAUGGGGCGAGGUUCCAUGACAGGACUGGCUCUGAAGCAAAUGUUUGAGAGAAGCUUCACAGAAACAGAAGGAGCAAGGCCAUUUUCAGCAAAUGUCCCUCGAAUCAGCAUUGUGUUUACAGAUGGACGAGCCCAAGAUGAAGUCUCCGAAUGGGCUGCUAGAGCAAAGCAAAAUG